AGAAAUUCACCGCCGGCAAACUCAGUCAAGGAUGCGACACGUGAGCAACGAAACGAAACGAAACGAAACGAAGCGAAACAAUCGAACACAGCACGAAACGAACGAAGGGGAUGACGUCCGCGAACUCGCGUGGCGGUCGCGUCACGUGCGCGGAUCACGCGGAUCGGCGUGAAAGAGAGAGAGAGAGAGAGAGAGAGGACCGUGUGCACCGUUGUACAUCCGCGAAGGAUUUUCCGCAGCGUUGUGCGGCGGAUCGAUCCGAGGAACGUGCAUCGAUCGCAAGCGGAGAGGAAACGGAUAAUUAGACGAGAGGCGUGCGGCGUGUGCGGGCCGACUACGGAGCGCGUGCCGCGUGCGAAAGCGUGGCGAGCGAUACGGUCGCACCUAUUCCCCUAUUCCCUGGCCGAGCAACCGAGCAACCGAGCAUAGGGAUUCUCCCUCGUCGUGCACGGAGAGCCGCGUGCAGGGAACGGCGCGCGGGGGUGCGCACGCGCUGGCAAUUCUCUCUGAUAACGGCGGGCGUCCCGACGUCCUCAGUCCUGGCUGGAACGCCGUAACGUCGCGGCGCGUCGGUUCGGCCGAUCGUACGAACGACAGCGACCACCGAAUACAUUAUCCUGGCGUUUUCCUAGUGCCCGCGCCUUUGUCGCACGUCGGAAACGAUCCCGACGUGGCUCGUUACACAAAAAAAAAGAAAGAAAAAACACGGAGCCGCGCGAACAAUGAGAUGCGCAUCCGGCGCUAACGCGAGAACCGCGAUCACGAGAUCCCCGCGACCGAACACAUUGCCGCCGCGCUCGCAGCCCGCGGAGAACGGACCGCGACCAGCCUAAUCGCGCGGCGCGCGAGCGACCGAAACACCGAUAAUUGCGGCGCAAAUGCUGCGACGCGGAGAAGUUCGCGGUCGCGGGCCGAGCGCGGCCCGCCGCCGCGGCCCGUUCCCUCGACCGCGAUCGAGAACGUGCGCGCAACGCCGUGCCGGCGAUCGCCGCCGCGUUUUCGAGAUCGGCGGCGCCGGAAGAAGAGGUGGGCAGGGAAGACGCGGGAGGGACGGGAGGGACGGGAGAGACGGUGGAGGAUCGCCGCGGAGAUUCGCGGAGGACGUCGCGGGCCCCGGAUCGGAGCCAGGGACCGCUCCGAUCGCGAGAUCACGGGCCGCUUUCGGCGCGACGAUUCUUCUGCUGGUGCUGUUGCUGCUACCUUCGCGGACGCCCGCCGCCGAAUUGUAUUUCUCGCAAUCGGAUCUGCACGCGAGGGUUCCUUACGCGCCGGGGGUCGUCAGACUGUUCGAGCUGAGGACGUUGCGGAACGAUUCGACGGAGCCGAAGGACGUCGAGUAUCGCGUUACGGUGCCCCGCGAGGGCGACGUCGCCUCCGUAGACCCGGGGACCAACGUUCUGCUGCUCCGUUGGCCGCCGGAAUCCACGAAUCGAGACAAAUCCGAACGCGAUGAGAUCACCGUCGUGGUCAGCGCCACGGAGGACAACGCCAGCAACAAAGCCGUCCUGGAGGUCAAAGUGCAAGCCAUUCCGAGCGAUCGGAAGAGCGCCGAUUGCCCCGGAUUCGUGGAGGACAUGUGUUUCUGGAAGGGAUCCGACUACAGGAUCUACGAGAACCAGCCCAUCACGAUGAUAGGGAACUUCGGGCCCGAGAUAUACGGGGAACUGUGUCCCAGCUAUCGCGUAACCGGUUACCAUCUGCUGAACGGCACCGAGUACUUCCACGUGGUGAAUAACACGCUGUUCGCGAACGCGUCGCUGGACAGGGACAGGCUGGGCCCGUGGCCGGCCGGCCCGGGCCCCAGGAUCACGUUGAAGGUGCAGUGCGUCCUCUACGAGGAGACCACCGGGCUGCAGUACGCGCCGAUCAAGCUGCUGGACGUCGACGUCCUGGAUCAGGACGACAACGCGCCGUACGCGCAAGGGAACGACUCGAUGGCGAUAAAGCUCGACGAGUUCGUUGCGGGCGACAAGCUGGUCGACGACAACAAGCUGAUACUGAAGGACAAGGAUGCGAAUUCCAGCAAUCAUUACACCGUCCGCAUCCUCGGGGACACUUACAACGCUUUCCACGUCGACUUCAACACGCUGCCGAUCGAAUAUCAGUCCGGCAUUCCAUACACCGCGAUACUGACCAGUAUUUCCGCGAAGAUGACUCUACUGCCGAAAUCGCCGUAUCGCGUGACGCUGCAAGUGCAGGAUACCAGCCUUCUACCAGGAUUUGGCGACAACAUGUUGAACAUCUCGCUGACCUUCCAAGGACCCGUGCAACGGCAGAGCGCGACCACGCCGUCCUCGAUAUCGUUCAAGCAACCGUUUUCCUACCCUUCGACCGCGAGGCUCGCGAGGAUCGCUCCGCUUUACUCGCGGGUCGCGAAACCUACGAACGAGCCUCAUGCCACGGUCAGCUUCAGCAUCCACGGCUCGGCCGCGUUCAACGUUACACAGAAAGGAGGAAUCAUUUACGUCGCCGACGAGCAGCUGCUCAGAACGCAGUCCGACAAUCUCACACUGAAGAUCAGGUGGACCGAGAAGGAUCGAACUUCCUCCUCGAGAGUGAUCCGCAUCAAUCUGGUAGCCAUAGGAGGGUCGAAGGCGUGCAAUGGCAGGGUAUAUUCUUGCGCGAACGCCGAGAAGCAGGACAAAUGCGAGUCGAGUUGCGGAGUCGCGAGCGGAAUUCUCAGCAACGACAGCUUCUCCGGGCAAUGCGUCUGGAGGCGCAACAACGCUUCCGGAUACUCGGAGAAUUAUCAGACCUGUUCCCCGGACUUGGCCUACUGUCCCGACAAUCGCUGCGACGAGCUCGAGUCGCUCGACCCCCGGAUCUGCCCCCAAGACUGUGCCCCCGUGGCACAUUGGGCCGACCUGAACCUAGGUGGCCGCGGGAUCAAAAGCGGCUUGGGUACGUGCGCUUGCGACGACUUGCUCGAGUGCACCUGCAACGUCAACAAGCAUCCCCUGCAGACCGACUCCGAGAAACCGAACAAGGACGCGCGGGACGGCAAAUCGAGGAAUCCCGAGGACAGUCGGGAGAACAGCCUGGAGAACGAGAAUAUCGUUACCGGUGCUCGAAAAGCAGCCAGCGGCCCGUGCGGCCCCCUCUGCAUGAUCGGUGCGAUCGGCGGCAGUUUCUUCGUGCUGAUAGCGAUCGUCGGCUCGCUCGUCACCUCGAGAUACAGAAUGGCUGCGAAGGGGGCCCGCAGAGACGGCAAGCGGAGACCGGCGAACGGCGAUGCCACGGCGAUCGGAAUACUGCCAUCCGAUUACAUUGACAGAGGCGACGGGCUGUUGAUAGGGCUGGACACGUUCACCGCAGCGAACCGUCAUCUCUUAUUUUCAAAAAGCUGUCCGCCGGACCCGAAAUGGGAGUUCCCGAGGUCUCGGCUGGCCAUCGAGCAGAUCCUCGGCGAGGGCGAGUUCGGCCGCGUGCUGAGGGCGAAAGCGGUCGACAUCGGGGGCGUGUCGGGCCCGACGACCGUCGCGGUCAAGACGCUGAAGGAGAACGCUUGCGCUUCGGAGCUGGCCGAUCUGCUUUCGGAGUAUCAGCUGCUGAAGGAGGUCCAGCACCCGAACGUGAUCAGAUUGCUGGGCGCGUGCACCACGGCCGGCGCGCCGGUCUACUUGAUCAUCGAGUUCGCGGAGUUCGGCUCUUUGCGGAACUACUUGAGGCGCAGCCGACAUUUGGAUUCCGAGGGCAGGAACGAGGAUAACACGGCCGCGAAUACCAACGCGGACCCGAACGUCAACGCGACGUCCACUUACACCGUCACGUCCCGCGACAUUCUAUCGUUCGCCUGGCAGAUCAGCAAAGGCAUGGCCUACCUUGCCGAGAUCAAGCUGGUUCACAGAGACCUCGCCGCGAGGAACGUGCUGCUGGCGACCGGCAAGGUGUGCAAGAUCUCGGACUUCGGGCUGACGCGGGACGUGUACGAGGACGACGCGUACUUGAAGCGCAGCAAGGGUCGAGUUCCCGUGAAAUGGAUGGCGCCCGAAUCCCUGGCCGAUCACGUGUACACCAGCAAGUCGGACGUGUGGAGCUUCGGUGUGCUCCUCUGGGAGUUGAUCACCCUCGGCGCUUCCCCGUAUCCCGGCGUCGACGUGCACAAUCUCUACAACCUGCUGAAGGCUGGCUACCGCAUGGAGAGGCCGGCCAACUGCUCCCAGCAAUUGUACAAAUUGAUGGUGUCGUGUUGGCACCUCGAGCCCGGAUCCAGGCCGUCCUUCAAGGAGCUCACCGGUCACUGGGAGAGGAUGCUGGAGGACAGCGUCGACUACUUGGAUCUGAACCCUAGGACAGUACAGAACAGAUCUUACUUCGCGUCUCUUCACGCGUUGGACAGUCCGAGCAGUUCCGGUAACGAUGAGCCCGACGACCCCGCCGAAGAGACGACCACCUUCGGGAACAGCGUCGUUAAUUACUUGGAGAAACCCUCCUUCGACAAGGUGACCAAGUGCGACAAGGUCGACAAGCUGCACACGCUCUGGCAAGAGCCUAUCGCGUCCUUUCCCGACUCCAUGGAUCGGACCAAACCGUCCUACGUGAACGAUCAACGUACAAAUCUGCUGGACAAUCAUUACGAGAGCCCGAUCAAGUUCGCGAGGAACGCGAGCGUCACGAGCGACAGCGAGAACGACUUGGCUACGCCGACCAACGAACGUCCGCAGUCUUACAUCGACAUGGAGGGCAAGAAGUAUCUGGAAUCCGAGAACCUUUUGGAUUCCAGCAGCGGGGACGAUCGCAAGGGCAAAGAGAACUGAGGGAAGAAUCGAGGAUCGGAAUGGCCAACAAUCGAUGAAUCCGCAUCGGCGAAAUGUGUGCACGCGGUUCAGACUGAUCGGGCGGAAACCACUGAACGUUGUUCAACUAAAAAGACUCAUUUUUACGUAUGAAUUACCGGGGCCCUGUAUCGAAUGUAUCACAGCCCAUUCGUUUGGUUUCGUUCAGGUUCGUCCAAUUCCUGUGUAAUUAAUUAGCACCGUCGCGCACCCUCCAGCUCCUUCCACUGCGUCCCGAGACUAUCGAAGAUCCGACGACGGAUCGUCUGUUUAUACCAAAAAAGAAAAAGAAAACGAUUUAUAUCCGAUAAGUAUAGAUCUGGAAUUCGUACAGUAUUUUAUAGCUUCGAACAGCAGUGCGAGAGGCAUUUGUUAGCGCACGUGCUUACCGCUUCCGAGAGCACGCCACCAACGAUCAACAACACAUGUAAAUACAUGCGAUCAUUAUUCGUAAUCGAGAAACAAAGGACCGGGCGGUCCACACACACUUGCGGGCGAGAGAACGUUUUCACACCUCGUCGAAGAAACAGGUCGGUUUGUAUUUAUGUAUAAAGCAGAGCCAGAGCAUUCCAUUACAUUAGUUAGUUAGCGCCCAAUCAAUUGUCGCGAGAAACGUACGCGUACAAAUUCAGUUUUUUUUUUUUUUAACUUACGUAAACUUGCGUUUCGUGAUUCGUCGAGCUGCGAAAGUUGACUAGUUUUAACGGAAAAGGAUGCACUUUCCCUGAACAAUGUAUCUGUUAUAUCGUGUCGUCGUUACCUUUCUUGUACUUAAAUAUCUUCGUAUGCGUAUGAUAUAUUCAAUAAACUCGUCGGACGGACAGUUGCAAAGCA